AUGAGUGACCUCUGUCACAACUGCGGCGACUGCCAUCUCGGCGCACUGCCGAAACCGUGCAGUCGAGAGAUGGAGCAGUGCGAAAUCUGCCACAACUGGGGUCACAAGUGGGCUUUCUGUCCUGCUGGCCCCCGCAACAUGGACGCCACGUACGAGGUAAGCACGACUCGCACAUGCCCAGCCCACCAUGGAACGUAAUCCUUUCGCCUCGAACCGACCGGGCGCGCUGACAUGUGAUGAACACCUCAGUACUGGAUGAUCUGCCACAACUGCGACUCAUGGCAUCUUCCGCAUCCCUGCGACAAGCCCAUGCAUCAAUGCACUCAGUGCGGCCUCUUUGGCCAUCUGUCCACCUUCUGCCCCAUGCAACCAGCCGCGCAAUACUUGUGGGACGAGGGACAGCCGGGCAACAAGCGCAAGCGAGUUCUUGACCCCAAUGUCGGAGGUCCCGCUUCAGAGCUUGCCACUAACAUCAACCAAGUCCAUCCCGACCUUUUCCGCAGCAUCCAGCAUAAUGGUGCGGCAAUGGCCAUGGGACUCAUCGGAGAGGGAUCCGACAUGACCAACUACGUCCAUCGCGCCAUCAACCACUUGGCCCUGGAGACCGGCCGGUUGCCACUGAGCUCGCAAGCUGCUGCCACCGCCAGAGUCGCUGUCAUGCAGCCUAUCCGCGACAUGAAUUGGCCUGUACCGCGUCCCAUGCUGACCCACGAUAGCGCAGCGAACACCGUUCCUUACUACUCUGACACUGCGGACAACACUCGGUACGACAAUCCUUAUGCCCGUAAGGACUCGGUCCACGCAGACCACAUGUCUAGCAUGAUGACACCGACGCCGUCUUCUGCCGUCAAGCCAUUGACGGGUCUCGUGCUUCCCCGGGACGGUGUCUAUCAGGCUAUGCACCAAAGCUUCGCACGCGGCGAGCUUGCCAGAGCUGCAGAGCCGGAGAACGCUGUCGCUGCAGGCAACAACGCGACACCUCUUCGUGUUGGCAAGCAGGACCAUGGAGCUCAGUGCGAGAUUGAUCGGGGCGACACCAGACCGUACCGUGGCAGCGCUCUCGUUCAUGCUCCACAGGCCCUCGGCGACAUCAACGUGGGCCAGAGCUCCGCUGGGCAAAACGAAGGCGCCGCACGCAUCACCAAGCAAGACGACAAGUCUCCAUCAGGUACCCCUGCCGCACCGCGUCCCGCUGGCACUUCUCGCGCUCCUCCGCCUAAGCCUCGCUGCGCGGCUUGCAAGAAGCGUCAUGCCAAGUGCACGCAUGAGGUCGAGAAUGGCGCCAAUGUUCCCGGCAAAGUUGUUGCAGGUGCUGACGACAACGUCAACGAGGAGAAGAGUGAGCCCAAGUCACUCAUUGUAAGACUGCGCGUUCCACAGCUUCAACUUGCUGCGAUUGACCGUGCCUCACAGGAUUCUGGCGACGCAAAGCCCGCUACUGGCAUCGAUAUGGGACAUGCCAAGGCUGGCAACACUAUGAUGGGUUCUGAGCAUUUCAACGUCGAUAUGCACUUGACCAAUGCUGCCACCCAGCGAGCCAACAUCUCUCUGGGCGAGGUGCUUCAGAUGGAGACUUACCGCAACCCACACAUGAUGGCUGUGCAGAAUCAGACUCUCCAGCACAGUAACACUGCGACGUACGGACAAGGCGACGUGACGAUGGGCAACCAGCAAGACGAAUCCUCCACAGAUGAGGAGCACGAUCAAGUCCUGCUGGAUGCCAUCACCCGUGACGCCGGCCCUGGCCUCUCUGACAAGAAGACUGCAGGCAAGAAGGGCGGUGCUCGUAAGCGCAGUAAGUAA